AUGGUUCAAUUAACUGCGGGCGCAAUUAAGGUCCUCUACGAUGAUGACAAAAGUUCUCCCCUUUAUAGUGAUCCCUUUGUGCAAGUGAUCAACAUCAAGGCUGUUGCUGUCGCUGGUGGUACUCGUUAUAGAGUCAUUCUUUCCGAUGGUAUCCACUUCAUGCAAGCUAUGCUUGCCGCCUCUCAUACCAGCCUUGUCGAAAAUCAAAGUUUAAAGCGUAACAGUAUUAUCAGACUUAAAGAAUCUGUUUGUAAUCUUCUCCAAAACAGAAAGAUUUUGAUUGUUUUAGGCUUUGAUGUGAUUGAAAGUGACGUCGAUUCUAAAGUGGGAGCACCCAUUACCCUCGAAGGACACGUUACACCUGCAACACCUAAACCUGAAGGAACAAGCCAAACUUCUUCUCCUGUACCCAAGCCUGCCACCACAUUCAACUCAGGCGGCACCAAUAUGCAACUGGAAGCUUCUCUCACUCCUAUCAAAAACUUGAACCCUUACCAGACCAGAUGGACUAUUAAGGCUAGAGUGACUCAAAAAUCUCCCAUCAGAAAGUGGCACAAUGCUAGAGGCGAUGGUCAAUUAUUCAGUGUCAAUUUCCUUGAUCAAACAGGUGAAAUUAAAGCUACCGCAUUCAAUGACCAAGUUGAUCGUUUAUACAACAUGUUUGAGGAAGGAAAGGUUUAUUAUAUCUCAAAGGCCAGAGUCACGAUGGCAAAGAAGCAGUUUUCUACUUUAAAUAAUGAAUAUGAAUUGGGUUUGGAACAUGGUACUGAAAUCGAAGCUUGUGGUUCUGAGUCUGCCAUUCCUCAAAUGAACUAUGAAUUUGUUAAAGUUGCUGAUCUCGAGAAACAUGAAAAGGGAACCAACAUUGAUAUAGUCGGUGUUGUUACCGAAGAUAUGGGUCUUUCCGAAAUCGUUAACAAGAUUAGUGGAAAGCCUACCAACAAAAGAGAACUUACCAUCGUUGACGAAUCCUGCAAGUCCGUUAGACUGACUCUUUGGGAUACAGUCGCUGAACAAUUCGAUAGUUCUAACAAUCCUGUCGUUGCUUGUAAGGGUGUUCGUGUGAAUGAUUUCAAUGGUCGUACUUUAUCUUUGGGCGGUGGUGGUUCUAUCAAGAAAAAUCCUGACUUGCCUGAGGCACAUAAACUCCGAAAGUGG